AUGACUACCGUUAACUCUAAUAAAAGAGAUUCGGAUGACGGAUUGGAUAGAAGCUCGCAUGCUCAGACAAUUCCACCAGUGUCGGAUUCGGCCUCACCAGAACCCUUUGCUGAGGAGAAGAAGUUCUUUGAGAGUGAUGCUGGAGAUGGAACAAAACGUGAAGACAUGUACUUACAUGGCAAAGCCUUGGCACUCUGCUUGCUAUCAAUUUAUUUCUGCUUGUUUUUGUUUGCUCUUGACCAGACCAUCAUCGUUACGCUACUUUCGGAAGUUGGAAAUAAAUUCAAAGGUUUUGACAAGAUCGGCUGGUUGGGUUCGGGGUUUCUUUUCGCCAUGGCCGUCUUAGUCGCAUUCUGGGGAAAAUUGGCUCUUCUAUUCGGAAGAAAAUACACCAUGGUUGCUGCUAUUUUCUUGUUCGAGGCUGGAUCGUUAAUGUGCGCUUUGGCCGACUCCAUGAACGUCCUUAUUGGCGGACGAGUAUUAGCAGGAGUUGGUGGAGGAGGAAUCCAGACGUUGGUUUUCAUUCUCAUUACGGAAAUUCUCCCUAUCCACAAGAGACCACUUGGAAUGGCGUUGGUCGGUUCCGUCUUUGCUGUUGCUUCUGUCCUUGGGCCUUUGAUUGGGGGUGCGUUCACCACUCACGUCACAUGGAGAUGGUGUUUUUAUAUCAAUUUGCCUGUUGGAGGUCUUGCGCUUGUAUUGUUCUGUUGGACUUUCAACCCUCCUAAAGCAAAGGGCAGUGCUCGUGAAAAGUUGAGGUACAUUGAUUACUUCGGAACUAUGCUUUUGACUUCUGGCUUGGUAAUGAUCCUUGUGGCAAUUACCUUAGGAGGAAGAGACUACCCGUGGCACUCAGGUGCUGUAAUUAGUCUCUUUACCAUCGGUGGGAUUAUAACGAUUGCGUUCUUCUCAUGGACUUUCAAAUUCGCUAAACAUCCAUUGAUCCCAUGGGGCAUUGCUAAAGUGUACCAGACCACCGCUGCAGGGGUCGCUUUGUUUGGAAUGUUUGGCUACUUCAUGGCUUCCUUGUUGUACCUUACCAUUUACUUUCAAGUGAUCCAUAACACUGAUGCAUGGCACUCGGGUUUGCAUUUACUACCAGAAAUUGUCGCAGUUGUGAUUACAUCGAUGAUCGGUGGAAUUGUCGUCAAGAAGACCACCUACAUCAAGCCAUUUGCUAUUGCUGGUGCAUCCAUAGGUUUCAUCGGAUGUGGAUUGCUUACCCUCCUAAAAGUGGACUCUUCUAACCACGAGAAAAUUGGCUAUAUGAUUCCCGUUGGUAUUGGAAUCGGUUUACAAAUGCAAUCUUGUUUGCUUGGAGGCCAGGUGACAGCCCCCAAGUUUGCUGGAGGUGUGAUUUUCGCUACUUCAUGGAUGAACUUCUUGAGAUCUAUAGGUGGAGCCUUAGCUGCUACAUUGGCAGACGCUACCUACACUACUUCGUUUGUAAAUAAGGUGGGCCCAGCAUUGGCCAAGCUGCCACAGUCCAUUCAAGAGGAGCUUUCGCACUACGAUUUGCGGAAGUUGAUCAACUCAUAUGGAGUUAUCCAGACCAUGAGUCCAGAAUCCCAGGCGUUUAUCAAAAAGGUAAUCAUGGAUUCCAUCAGAAAUGUCUUCUACAUGAAUCUUGGAUUCGCAGUAAUUUCCACUGUCGGUGUCAUUUUCACUACCAACAAAAGAUUACCUACUGCUUCGGUUGCGCCAAGAGAUGAAGAUGAAACGAAAGGUGAAACUAAUAAUGACAGCAAAGAAGUAGACGUGGACGAUGAUGUGGCCCACCAUGCUCCGCUGGAAAGCAACACCGAAUCUGCUUCAAGUGUGAGAGAUACUGAGUUCGCAAGCAAGUAA